UGAAAUUUAAAUUUAUUUUUCAUUCAAAGAAAAUAAUCAACGAAAAAGAAAAUAAACAUUUAACAUAUCUUACAUCAUUUUUAAAUAAUUUUGUUGAAGAUGAACCUAAUCAUUCUUUAACAAUUGGACAAUUAAAAGAAAUAUCUACUACAAAGUGUGGAAACUUUCAAUAUGAAAUUGAAUGCAUUAUUACAAAUUUGAACCUAAAUGUUUUUACUUCCUACAUGGAGAUAAUUAAAAGAUGGUGUUUACAGUUUCCAUCAGAUAAUUGCAAUGAUGACUUAAGUUAUUUAUUAAAAUUUAGUGAAAAAUACUUUGAAACACAAUAUCAAAAUCAUGAAGAUAUUCAAAUUGAAAGUAUAUCAUUUGGCACUUUUAUUAAAGUUCGAUGUUUUAUGCAGCAUUUUGAAAUAAAAAAUCGAGGUGAAAUUGAAAUUUCAUGUUCAUUUUGGCAUGAUCAAAGAAGUUUGGAAUUAUUUCUUUAUUAUCCACAUGAUGAUAAUUGCUAUUCAGAAACCUCACAAUUAUACAGAUUUACUAUUAAUUAUAAUGAUAUUAUGAGAAUAAUCAUUGAAAAUCAUUCUAACGAAUCAUUUAUUUCUAUAUAUUUUUAUUUGCAUUAUCCUCCUAAAAUUUUUAUUUCAAUACAGAAACAAUUGAAUAGAACAAUAGUAGCUAAUACUAAACUGAAAGAUAAAAUCUGUAAUACUGAAUUUUGGGAAAGAGUUACAGAUAUUGGAUGUAUAUGUAACAAAUCUUAUUUAAGAAUUAAAGGGCAAAAUUUGAGUAAAUGUCCUGUAGUAAAGAUUUGCAUUCCUGAUAAAUUUAGAUCUAGAUAUAUAAUUAAUAGAUUAUAUCAACGAUAUUCACCAGAAAAUAUAUACUAUACUACAGUUCAUAAACAUGAAUGGCAAUUUUUCAAAAUACAUUGUCCCUUUAGCACAUUUAGAUGCCAUUAUGCGUGGAGAGCAUUAAAUGGAAGAAGUUUUGAAAUGUCAGAUCAGAUAAUUUAUCACUAUUCUCAGUGGAAUGAUUUAUUCGAACAAUUAAAAAUAUAUGAAGAACAUAAUUCUGAGGCUUUAGAGAAAGCAAUAUUUGAAUUUUAUAACUGUUUAGAAAAAGGUGUUAUACUUUUUUUCCCUCAAGUAAUAAAGAUAUUAUUUCAAUAUUUCUGUAAUAUUGAUGAUGAAGAUGAUGAUGAUAAAAUAGAUGGAUUAUGUUUAAUAAGAAGAGUUUUUAUAACACCAUCAAGAAUUUUAUGUCUUCCAUUACAACAACAUUUUGAAAAUAGAGUACUUCGUCAUUAUGAUCCAGAGUUUUCACUGAGAGUCUCAAUUAGAGAUGAUAAUCUCAAUAAGCUUACAUUUGGUCUUACAAAAAACAAUGCACAUCAAUUUUUGAAAAGCACUGUUGGAAAAUAUCUUAAUAAUGGUAUAAAGAUAGCAGGAAGACAUUAUAAAUUUCUUGGAGCAUCACCUAGCCAAUUGAGAGAUCAUGGAAUAUGGAUGUAUGCAUCAGAUAAUGAUGGAAAUACAUCUGAAUCUAUUAUUAAGUGGUUAGGUGAUUUUAGUGAAAUCAACAAUGUAGCCAAAUUAAUGGCUCGUAUAGGACAAUGUUUUUCAAAUUCCGAAGAAGCUUUUUAUUUGAAAAUAAAUGAAUUUAACAUACAAAGUACACCAGAUAUCACUUGUGAAAGAGAAGAUAAAAAUUUUCCACCAUAUAUAUUUACUGAUGGAGUUGGUAUGAUAUCAUCAGAUUUUGUAAAUAAGAUAAAUGAAUCACUUAGUAAAAAUAAUUUAAAUCAUAAGAAACAAUAUAGAGCUUGUGCCUUCCAAAUUCGUGUUGCUGGUUAUAAAGGAAUGUUAGUUGAAAAUCCAGAGUUAAAAAAUUGUAUUGUUGUCAGAAAUAGCAUGAAAAAAUUUCACUGUAGCAGUAGUUUUAACCUGGAAAUCAUUAAGAAGAGUGCUCCAAGAUGUGUUUUCUUAAAUCGACCUUUAAUAACUAUCCUCGAAGGUCUAGGUGUUCAGAGACAAGUAUUUCUUAAUUUGCAAAACAAUAUGAUUUUAGAAUAUACAGAAGCAUUUUCGAAUGAGUUGGAAACUUAUAAACUAUUAUCAAAGUGUAUUAGUUUACAAAUUCCAUUUGAAGAAUUAUGGAAGAGUGGAAUUAAUUUUACACAAGAACCAUUCUUUAAUUCUCUGUUAAUAAGUGUGUUUAAAACAAAAAUGGAACUUUUGAAGUCAAAAGCCAGAAUAGCCAUACCACCUAAAUUUGGAAGAAAUAUGUUUGGUGUUGUUGAUGAAACUGGAACAUUAGAAUAUGGAGAAGUGUUUGUUCAGUAUUCUGAAGAAAUAAGUGAUUAUGAAUCUCCACUUCAUAUUUUAGAAGGAACAGUUCUAGUUACAAAAUGUCCUUGUAUUCAUCCUGGUGAUGUAAGAAAAUUUAAUGCUGUUGAUAUACCGAAGUUACAUCAUAUUAAAGACUGCAUUGUGUUUCCACGCAAAGGAAAAAGACCGCAUCCAGAUGAAAUGGCAGGUAAAACUGUCAUCCUUAUUAUUAUUUUGGUGGUAUUGGUGGAAUGCAUCUUACUUGGCUUAUGUACCAGUGUUAAUGCUGGAAUCAGAAAUAUUGAAGGUGGGGACUAUGUGUUCGUAAGAUUGGACGACAGCGUCCGUUAUUUAGAGGUACAGGAUAUGGUAAAUUUUCUUUUGCAUUAUAUUGAAAAUGACAACAUUGGAAUUAUGGGAAAUGCACAUUUAGCCUGGGCAGAUAAAGAAGGUAUAUUUUCAAAACAUUGUAUUAAUAUUGCAUUAAAGUAUCCAUACACUUUGGAUUUUGCCAAGACUGGUAAUCUUGCUUAUUUAAAUAAAGAAGAGAGACCAAACAAAUAUCCUGAUUUUAUGGAAAAAGGAAGCUUAAACAUUUCUUACCGAUCGGAUAAAAUCUUGGGUCAUCUUUUCCGCCAUUCUAGAAAUCUAGAAUGUGCGAUUAAAGAUUCGGCUAAGAUAAAUUCCACAAUAGAAAUAGACAAAUUAUUAGAAUAUCCUGGAUGGAGACGUUAUGAAGAUUCUGCUUUGACAGAUAAAAAGAACUAUGAGAAUAAGUUAAGAAAACUAUUACAAAUGUAUAAUAUUAAAAGUGAAGCUGAAAUUUUUUCUGGACAUAUUCAGCAUAUAAGCAAAUAUGAUCAAAUGAAAAAUGAUAAUAAAAAUGUCAUUCUAAUAGCUGAAAAAAUUCUGCAGGUUUUGCAAGAAAAUUUUCAAAAAAGGUUUUUUGACGAUCUAGAAAAAGACAAAAAUUAUAACAAAGAAGAACUAUAUCAAAAAGCAUCUGCAUGGUAUAUGGUAACUUACACUCAAUCGGAUAUUUCUUUCUGGAGUUUUCCUUGGUGUAUUUCAUCUCUUUUAGCAGAAAUGAGACAGAAAAAUUGCAGACUUUUAGGUAAGUGCCAAUUAAAAUAUUCUCUUGAGACACAAAUUAAUACAGCAAUAGAAAAUUGUCUGACAUCUAUAAAUAUCAACGUGGAAAAUUCACAGUUAUGCCAAAAUCAAAAAAUUGCUUUUAAUGUAUUAUGGAAUUUGUUUUCAAAUUUUUCAUACGAGUAUCUUUCAGUUUAUAAUGUGAAAGAUCACAUUGAUUGCUUAUUUAAGAUAUAUUCAAUAUAUAAAAGUGAAAGUGGUCAUCCGCUAAGUGACCAUUACAAAUAUUCUCCGGCAUUUUGGAUCUUAAAAUUCUUGAAAUUUUGUGUUACAUUCAAUGUAAAUGAAAGAAAUGAAGAAAUGUGUAAAUUUGAUAACUGUAUCAGAGGAAAAAAUAGUUCACUAAACUAUUUGGCAUUGACUUUUUAUACAGUAUUAAGUAUUACAAGGACUCCUUCAUAUUUAAUAAUAUCAAAUGGUUCUGAUUAUGGAAAUUUUGAGAAAUUUGAAAGUGAACCUAUUUUGAUAAAUAUUGAAGAUAUUAAACUUCAGAAUUUGUUAAAAGAUAAAUGGGAUAAAGUUAAAAGCAUUUUGAUAAAACACUCUGGUGUCAAAGAUAUUCAUGUUCGAUCGUUAAGUGUUACCUCAAAUUACAAAGGCUUAUCUUUGCUAGUCAGUUCUGUUGGAAAAAUGUGGAAUUGUUGGAAGUUAGAAGAAUUACUUUUGAGACCAGAUCUUCAAUUAAUUCUUGAAAAAUUAACAGAUGUUUAUAAACUCCUUUAUUGGACUUUUAAGGCUAAAUAAUUUGGCAGGAGAUUAACAAGUGACAGUAGCCUAAUUGUCUAUGGAAUACAGAUUCUGUUGCUUUUAAACAACACACUAAUUUAGCUAACAGCUUGAUGACAAGCUUUUAAACAUUUUCAAUCCUUUUUUUUUUUCUAUAGUUCUUAGCAAAAUAGAUCACAAUGAUUAUAAAAAGGCAUGUUUUAUGUAAUUAUCAAUUUUGUAGACAGUUUCCAAUAAAUAAACAUUUA